AUCAAAUACAGUAUACACAUUUGGUAGGGUGUAUCGAUAGAACAUGCAAUGUUUCUAAGAAGUGCUUUUCUCUACUGUAAUAAAGCAUGUGGAAGAACACCCUAAGGUGAAAGCUGACAAAGAGACUGUGAUUCUGGUACAAGUCAUGCUUUGCGAAGGCAGAUUGUUGAGCAUGACCUAUGGUGAGUUGGAGGAGCUGGAUCCCCUUCCUCCUAAGAAAGCUCCCCAGAGUGCUUAUGGGCUGCAGAGAGCAGCUGCUACCCUGGUGCCAGGCUCCAUCAGACACACUCCACUCGUUCAUCACAAUUCCCCCGAGCUGACAGGUUGUACGGACGACAGGAGCAAUUCAGUGGAGUUGUACAAUUCUCCGCUGCAGUUCUUGGAUCUCCAUGGAGCCCAAACAAGCAGACAAAUCUCUCCGGAGAUAGAGAUCCCAGCUCAGGCUCACUCAGUUGGUGAUGCCCCUUUCUUGGUUCCCUCCUUUUGUCAGAGCAUCUGCUUUAAUUACAGCGACCUCCAUAUUGGAGGCGACCAGGUGCUGCCUCUCUCAACCAAUGAUGGUGAGCUCCGGCUCGGUACCGACGCCCAGGCAGUAGGCCCUUUCCUCCAUUCCUGUGAUGUCCCCUCAGCAGUGGAGGAUUCUCUCCCAGGACAGACAUCUCAGGGUGGACUUUUGCAUCCACUGAGGGGGAGUUCAAAUCGCUGGAGACUGGGGAGUGCCCGUGAUCGGAGCUUUUUGCUCCAGGGGCGUGAAGGUCCAUUCUCCAACUCUCUUCUAAAUCACUAUCUGGAGCAGAAACUCUUGGAUUUAUACCAGCAAUACAUGAUGGAGAACAUGGCCAGGCAAGGGGCCCCUGGUUCAGAUUCAGACCAAGGCCCCAUUUGCCCUCUGCUGGGCUCAGAGCUGGUCCUGACCAGCCUAGACCAGAUCACUCUGCAGCUGAGUCGGGAGGGGAACCUGGAGGCCGGCCUGGCCAAAGACAUGGUCCUCAGCUGCCUGCUGCGAGUGGCUGGUGACAUGCAGCCAAGUGAGAUCAGCACUCCCUUUCUACAAAUUUCAAAUGAGGCAUCCAGGGAGCAGCUCACAGAGAAUAAAGAGGAGCAACGCCAGUGUCAAGAAACUCACUCAUCCAAUUCUCCCUCUCAUUUUAGUUUUCUUUCCAAAUAAGAUGAAACUGAUAAACUGUUUUUCUUUUAUAAGCUGUGGAGAGUAGGGCUGUGCAAUUAAUCAAAAUUUAAUCGUGAUUAUGAUUUUGG